AUGGCUCAAUGGCGGGUUGAACGCGAGAAUGACGGCGUCGCAGAUGAGGUUCAAGAGUCUGUCUUCACUGGACUGAAGCAGGCUUUUUCUGACCCAAAGGUGCCACUACUGGUCUUCAUCCAGACGUGUGCGGUAGUAUCUAUGAGUUUCACUUACUUUUUCCCAUCCAUCGUCAACACACUCGGCUUCCCACGUGUUCAGACCCUUCUUCUCACGGCCCCUCCUUACUUCCUAGCCUUUUUGUUUUCAAUCCUCAACUCAUGGCACUCUGGACGCAUGGGCGAACACUGCUUCCACAUUGUCACUGCCUGUGUGAUAUCCGCGGUUGGCCAGAUCAUCUCCAUGUCGACACAUCAGACGGGGCCUCGAUACUUUGCCAUGUUCCUACAAGCCAUGGGAUCUUUUUCAGCCUUCCAGCUGAUAUUGCCGUGGGUUUCGGCAACUGUUGCGCGUCCAAAGACAAAGAGAGCCGUGGUGCUUGCUUUGGCUACUGCGGUUUCCAACGCCACGAACAUCGCUACUGCAUACCUCUAUCCCGAAUGGAGUGCACCGUGA